CAGCAGUUUGAUUUUCUGCCUGAAACUGGUCAGCUCCAAUCCAACUGGACUACUACAUGCUGCUGAACCAAGUUCAGAUGAGAUUCAAUAUGAUGCCCAGCGGCAGCAAUGGGAAGAGUUUGGAUCUGUCCAGGCUAACAGAUGACGAAGCCAAGCAUGUUUGGCAGGUUAUCCAGAGAGACUUCCACCUGCGACAGAAAGAAGAGGACAGACUAGGGGAACUCAAGACCAAAAUACUGAAAGAGGAUACAAAGAGAGAGCUGCUGGAAUAUCAGCCUAAACUCAGUGAUUCCCUCUGCAUCCGCUGUCUGCAGCCCUUCAAAUUCCUUGUCAACAGCAAGCGCCAGUGUCUGGACUGCAAACUAUUUGUCUGCAAGUCCUGCAGCCGUUUUAACAAGAAGGACCGCGGUUGGGUGUGUGAUCCAUGCCAUAUGUCCAGAAUCCUUAAGAUUGGAACUCUGGAAUGGUUCCAUGAGAAUGUACGCUCUCGCUUCAAGCGUUUUGGCAGUGCAAAGGUCAUGAAUUCACUUUUCAAGAGGCUGAACAGCGACCGUGCCUGCUCUCAAACUGACCUCAGAGAGCCUCGAGACGAUGACACGCACAGCAUGCCUGAAGUUCACACUGGCUCUCUGUUUAACCAGGAAGAUGAGCAAUCUGAGAGGGCUGACAGACGCCACUUCAGCCUGAUGAGAAAAGGCAGACGGCUGCUUCCUGUUGAUCCUCUUGAAUUUAAUAUUGGCUUUGAGAACUCCACUUAUUCCCAGCCUCCCAUACUUCUGUAUUCAGGUAGCCAAGAGAAAGUAACCCAGAGUGAGGACUCAGAAGACAACUGGUCCACAACCUUUAAGCAGAUCCUGGAGAAUGGAACUCAUGGCAGAGGUGAUGAGAUGAAGGACAUAUUGCAAAUCAGCCAGAGAAGUCUGGACAAACCCUCUCAUUUUGAUGACUGCACACCAUACCUAGAACACAGGAUGACAAAAUCUCGUUCCUUCUCCAAGAUGAGCCUCUCUUCAGCUGGCAGCGCUAACUAUCUCCUCCACCGUGAGCUUUCUUACAGCCUUGAAGACUCGGAGGAUGAUGAUGAAUCUGAGAUGCAUGUCAUAUACAGUCCUGCCCUACUUAGAGAGCCCUCACCAGAUGAAGUUCCUCCACAGAUUUUUGAGCUCAAUGAGCGUAUGUCAGCAAUCGAGACUCUUCUGAGCCGUUUGGAGCAGAAAAUUACCUUACCGGUAAUUGGGGGAUCAGCAGAGCUGGUUGAGCAAAAAGAUGAUCUGUCUCCAGCUGACUUAGAGGAGCUUGAGCUCAGAAAAAAGCUUGAUGAACUUACUGAAAAUAUAAGUGACAAAGGCCUAUCAUCUGAUGAGGAGGAUGCAACGAAAUCUUCAGAGGACUCUCCAAAGAAAGGGGCCCUUUACCAUACUUCAGCUAUGAGAAAUGUCAGGCAUGAGUGGCCUCUUGAGGUUGAGUGGAAAGCAAAGCCGAAUUUACAUAAAUCCUUUAAAAAGCAGAAGCGAGUGAGUUCCUUUGAGUUUAGUAACACGACCAGCAAUGAACUGUUGCAACUGGAGGGUAAAGUUGCAAUGGCAGCCGCCAGUGUCCAGAGCACUCAAAGCGGGGUUACAGACAUUCAGAAAAGAAUCGCUGCUUUGAGUGCUGCAGGGAUGACUGUGGAGAUGUCCCGUAGACGGGCUCCUCAGCCAUCAAGGAUAUUGCAUGAAUUUCCAAUUAGAGGCAGCAAUGGAGCAAGAUCUUUACGGAAGAUGUUCACUAUGUGACGCAAGUUCAGCAAGUUAGCGUUCUCUACAUAUUUUUUGUGGGCCAUGAUAGAAUACAAAAUCACAGAACAUAAACGCACAU